ACCGAUUUUGCAGUGUGAAAGACAAAGCCAAACAAACGGCGUCGUUUAAGUCUUUGAGGAGAAGCGCUCUCUCUUGUCCCGCGCCUAAACCCUGAAUCUUCCUUCUGUUCUGUUCUGUGGGAAGUCUCUUGAUUUGGGCGGAGAUGGAGAACCAGCAGCAACUUCAGGUCGACCUUGGUCAUCUCAUGGCCUUCAAUCCUCACCACCAUUUAACUUCCCCGCCCUCCUCCAGGGAGGAGCUGGUGAAUGAAUGUCUACAGAAAGGUACAGAGCUAGUUCAAGCUAUUGCCAAUGAACUUUUCAUCCUGCCCUCAACUGAAGACAGAGAUGGUCCUCUAGUGAGGUUGCCUCCACCUAAAACAAGAUUGCCCAGGGAGAAGCAUCUGCCUAAGCCUAAACCUCCUACAAAAUGGGAACUCUUUGCUAAAAAACGAGGUAUAAAGAAUAGGAAAAAGGAUAAGAUUGCAUAUGAUGAACAAACUCAAACAUGGAAGCGUCGUCAUGGUUACGAUCGUGCAAAUGAUGAGGAGAACAUACCUAUCAUUGAGGCCAAGAUGACUGAUGAGCCAGGGAUGGACCCGUUUGCUGAAAGACAAUCAAAUAAGAGAAAACGAGUUGAAAAGCAAGAAAACAAUCGCCUACAGAAUCUGAAACAAGCCGCAAAAGUUGGUGCUUUACCAAGCCACGUUCAACUAGCUGCAACUGCUUUACCCAUAACAGGGACGCAAGUUGCACCAAAGAAAAUGACAAAAGAUGAGCUUGGAAAUGUUGCUGGAAUGGCAGCAACUGCGACAGCUAGUGGUGGAAAAUUUGACAGGAAGUUGCGAGGAGAAAAGCCUCCAAAGCAUAAAGGAAAAUAUCGCAAGUUUUUGCCUGUUGUGGAAGGAACUGGUGUAGGCUCUCGAGAAAGGGAGCAAACUGAGAAUGUCCUGAAUCGAUUAAUAUCCAAGAAUUCACAUGAGAUACUAAACGUUAAUAAGGCUAUCAAUAUGUACAAUGUGAAAAGAGAAAAGAGGCGAAAACACGAUGGAAAGCCCUCAUCGUCAACAUCGAGCAAGUUGAAACCAAAUAAGAAACCUCAAAAGAAGUCAAUGAAGAAGGGAGUAUCGAAUAAAGGAAAGGCAAAAUGAAGUUAUCCUUUAUAAAGAGCUUGGGUACUACAUUAUCUCCUUGAUGGAAGAAAUUUUGCAUUUGGACUAUUUAUUGUAGUAAUGCUCUUAUCCAAAAGAAGGGUGGUUCUUUUUCUUACAACCUACAAAAACUAACCAGUGGAUUCCACCUUGUAGCAAUCCAAAUUGAUUUUGGUAUAUGAUGUUUAAUGGUUUACGAUUA